AUGGCGAAUAGGAAGCUACAGAAUGCAACUUCCGAGGCUCUGGCCCUGGGCAAAUUCCGUAAUGCAUUUGGUGAUCUCCAAAUUCAGUUUUAUUUAAUAGGAGAUGUAAAUACUAACUAUAUUACUAGGGAUAUUGAAAUAAUAUUCAAGAAGAUUCAUGAAGGUUUACAUGAUUUUAAUUAUCAUUAUGACAGAUAUGAAAGUAUAAAUACUGAUGAUGACUCCGAUAAUCAACGAGAAAAGGAAAAAUUAGAAGGGGAUUUGAAAAAGGAAAUUAAACGAUUGCAGAAAUUUCGAGAACAGAUUAAAAAUUGGCAGCUGAAUGAUGUUAUCAAGACAUUAGGACCGUCAGGUACUGCUCUUGGAGUAAAACUUAAUGAUAACAAGAAACUCAUCGAAGAAGCCAUGGAAACUUAUAAGGAUGUUGAAAGACUGUCGAAAUUGAAAACCUUCUCAAAUCAAUCGAUUAUGAUGACGUUUUUGGAUAGUCAACUCCCGGGUGACGACGAUGAUGAUGAUGAUACGGAUGAGGAUUUCUGGGAACGUCUAGAGAGUAGUGAUGAAGAUGAGGAGGAAGAAUUGGAGGAUCUUCCGUCGGAGGCUAUUGAUGCCAUCCAUUAUUUCAAGGACACUAUACAACAGAUUCGAGAACAAACAACCAAAUUGAAUCAUGAAUUUGAAAAACUAGCCCUGAAAAAGUUGAGAAAGAAUAAUUUGACCACGAUUGAAGCCAAAAAAGAAAAGAUCAAAGCAACGAUAUCAACCAAUAAGUUUCACUGUAAAAAGAUGUUGAAAUUGAUAAGGCUAUUGAAAGCUGGCCAAGUUACUGAUUUUAAUCUAGUUUGGUUACUAAAAGAUGAUUUAGAUGGAUACGUGGAAUCAAAUGGAGAUUCAAACUUUUCAAGUGAAACAACGUUGUAUGACGAUGUAUUCAAUCUGAUAGUGGCAGCAGUCGAGGAAGAUUAUUCUGAAAUGCAUGAUUUCCAAGAAGAGAACAAUGAUGCUUCUGUGACAGAAGAAACUGCCACCCAACUGAAUGGAACAAUCUCCAAUCAUGAAACAACCCCUACCACUUCCACUGCCGUCAACGGUAACAAUAACCACCAUCACCACCAAAAGACUAGCGUGCACUCGAGUCCGACAGCUACUAAAGUUAACGGCCAUGGUCACGAAAGUCCCUAUCAGCAAAAGCACCAUCAGACGCACCAGCGACAACAUCGUAGUCCUGAACUAACAAGUCCGGCCAUCGUAAGAACAUUAAAACCAGCAACGACACCUUCUAAACCUGUUGGCAAUUUGAAAUGGUCCACAGCUGCCGCUGUAGGUAAACCAGAAAACAAACCUGUUGAGCCCGAACAAAAUGGAGCUCAUGAGAAGUCUCCUCAACAACAACAACAACAACAACAACAACCAGAAUCUGAAUCACAAACGGCAUCACCAGCAACUACCGUGGCUUCAACGGUAACUCAGGAAAGUGUACCCAAACGACAAUCUAUUGUUGUUGAAACUGUUGAUCUCGAUAAAUAUAAGGAAAUUAUCAAGAGUUCACCGCUUCUGAAACCAGAAGUCAGUUUGUUUUCGGAUAUGAGUUUAGUGAGAGUUCCACCUGGGAUUCAAGAUUUAGUUAUUUCGUUUGCUGCAAAGAGGAACAAUCAAGAUACCACACUUCUAGUGGAUUCCAAAGAUUUCAAUCAAUAUACAACUCCUAUCCACAAGCCAUACUUGCCCGAUGUUGUUCAACCUAUCCAAUUUACUCAUCCAAGUAGUUUUAAACAUCCUACUCAAUUGGUCAAGUUUCAAAAUUAUUGGAAUCAAGUAAGGGCAGUUUAUGGAUUUGAUAAGUUAUCAAAUGAUAUCAAGGCAUUAAUAGCACAAGACAAACCGGAGAAUGUACCAAUCAUAGCAGAAUUGACUUUUGUUUUCUUUUAUGGAUUCUAUUAUGGAUUAACUCCAGCAGAAAAUUUAAUUGCGGAAUCAUAUUUGUAUGAAUUAGGAUGGAAGCCUUAUAAGACUCAAUUAAAUAAUAAUGCUUCCUCACCACUCCAAAUAUCUUCACCUAAUCAAAUGAAUGAAGGUUCUAAAGCAAAUUAUUAUUUCUAUUGGUUUAAGAGAACAAAGUUAAUUUCCCAACCUGAUGAAGUUACUGAAUUUGGUGAUUAUCAAGUAUUUGAUUUGAACUUUUGGGAAAUUUUUAUGAGAUAUGGAUUUAAGUUUGACUAUAGCCUAUGUCAAUUGAAUCCAUCCACGAGUAUUUUUUAA